AUGUCCAAUAGAGAGAGCAACCUCCAGCCCAAGCCGUCCGUCGGUGGUACUGUCGAUGAGAGCGGAGACCGUGUCGGCCGAGGCGGUCAUGGUGGCGGCGGCGGUCCAUCGUAUCUGGGAGGCAUAGCUGCUGCCUGGGAGGAGAGCGGUGCCCACGGCGCCUAUAGCGGAGAUGGCAUUGGCAAUGACAAUGACAAUGGUAGGUACGAACCGAUGUGUUACUCGAGCCCAAAGACAGACGUGGCACCACCACCACCACAGGCAGCGGGUGGUUACGAUCAUUACGGCUACGAUGCAUAG